AUGUUUUAGGAUUCAGUGGCCUUUGAGGAUGUGGCUGUGAACUUCACCAGGGAGGAGUGGGCUCUGCUGGAUCUUUCCCAGAAGAAACUCUAUAGAGAUGUGAUGCAAGAAACCUUCAGGAACCUGGCCUAUAUAGGGAAUAAAUGGAAAGACUGCAACAUAGAAGACUACAAAAACCAGGAGAGAAAUCUAAGUCAUGUGGUGGAGAGACUCUGUGAAAAUAAAGAAGGUAGUAAAUAUGGAAAAACAACCACCCAGAUUUCAAAGUUUAAUCUGUGUAAGAAAACUCCUACUGGAGCAAAACCAUGUGAAUGCACCAUGUGUGGGAAAGUCUGCACGUGUCAUUCACCCCUUAAGAGGCACAUCAGAGGACAAACUGGACACAAACAAUAUGAACAUCAGGAAUGUGGAAAGAAGGCAUAUAAAUGUAGGGAAUGUGGAAAAGUAUUUAGUUAUCACCGCUACUUGAGAAAUCAUGAAAGGGUUCACACUGGACAGAAAUUGUAUAAAUGUAAACUGUGUGGUAAAGCCUUCAGUUAUUCUCAGUCUUGUCAAAUACACGAGAGAAUUCACACUGGAGAAAAACCCUUUGAAUGUAAACAGUGUGAUAAAGCCUUCCGUUGUUCCAGUUAUCUUAAAAUACAUGAAAGAACUCAUACUGGAGAGAGACCCUAUGAAUGUAAACAAUGUGGUAAAACCUUCAGACGUCCCAUUGACGUUCGAACGCAUGAAAGAACUCACACUGGAGAGAGACCCUAUGCAUGUAAACAAUGUGGUAAAACCUUCAGACGUCCCAUUGAUGUUCAAACACAUGAAAGAACUCACACUGGAGAAAAACCCUAUGAAUGUAAACAGUGUGGUAAAUCUUUUGGUUAUUCUAGUUAUCUUCAAAUACAUGAAAGAACUCAUACUGGAGAGAAACCAUAUGAAUGUAAACAAUGUGGUAAAUCCUUCACCUUCCGUUGUUCCAGUUCUCUUAAAAUACAUGGACGAACUCAUACUGGAGAGAGACCCUAUGAAUGUAAACAAUGUGGUAAAACCUUCAGAUGUUCCAUUACUGUUCGAACACAUGAAAGAACUCACACUGGAGAGAAACCUUAUGAAUGUAAACAAUGUGGUAAAACCUUCAGACGUUCCUGUCAUGUUCGAACACAUGAAAGAACUCACACUGGAGAAAAACCCUAUGAAUGUAAGGAAUGUGAUAAAGCCUUCAGUUCUUCCUGUUAUCUUCAUAUACAUGAAAGAACUCAUACUGGAGAGAAACCAUAUGAAUGUAAACAAUGUGGUAAGUCCUUCAGUCUUUCCAGUUAUCUUCAAAUACAUGAAAGAACUCAUACUGGAGGGAAACCCUAUGAAUGUAAGAAAUGUGAUAAAUCCUUCAGUUCUUCCAGUUAUCUUCAAAUACACGAAAGAACUCAUACUGGAGAGAAACCCUAUGAGUGUAAGGAAUGUGAUAAAGCCUUCAGUUCUUCCCGUUAUCUUAAAGUACAUGAAAGAACUCAUAUUGUUAAGAAACCCUAUGAAUGUAAAAACUGUGAUAAAGCCUUCAGUUGUUCAAGUUAUCUUAAAAUACAUGAAAGAACUCAUACUGGAGAGAGACCCUAUGAAUGUAAAAAAUGUGGUAAAGCCUUCAGAUCUUCCAGUAAUCUUCUAACACAUGAAAGAACUCAUACUGGAGAGAAACCCUAUAAAUGUAAACAGUGUAGUAAAACUUUCAGACAUUCAAGUUCACUUCGAGUACAUGAAAGAAUUCAUACUGGGGAGAAACCCUAGGAGUGUGAAUGGUGUAGUAAGUCUUCAGAUGUUCCAGUUAUUUUCGAAGACUUGAAAGAACUCACACUAGAGAGAAAC